UUUUUUUACCAAGAAAAUGAUUUGCAUGAUCUUGAACAACACAUACUAUUUAUGCUGAUGGGACAGGAUCCAAUAUGAAUAUAAGUGAUGGAGGAAGACGACGCUUUGAGGAUAAUGAACAUACAUUACGUAUAUAUCCUGGGACAAUUUCAGAAGGGACAAUCUACUGUCCAGUUCCUGCCAGGAAAAACACCACAGCUGCUGAGGUGAUUGACACUCUUAUAAACAAACUUCAUCUAGACAAAACAAAAUGUUAUGUUUUAGCAGAGGUAAAGGAAUUUGGUGGAGAAGAAUGGAUACUCAAUCCAACAGACUGUCCAGUUCAGCGAAUGAUGUUGUGGCCACGAAUGGCUCUGGAAAAUCGCUUAAGUGGAGAGGACUACCGCUUUCUUCUGCGGGAAAAAAACCUUGAUGGAUCAAUCCAUUAUGGUAGCCUUCAGUCAUGGCUACGGGUAACGGAAGAACGACGCAGGAUGAUGGAACGAGGUUUUCUUCCACAGCCUCAACAGAAAGACUUUGAUGAUUUAUGUAGCUUACCUGACUUGAAUGAGAAAACUCUUUUAGAAAACCUACGAAAUCGCUUUAAGCAUGAAAAAAUUUAUACCUACGUUGGCAGUAUUCUAAUAGUUAUUAACCCAUUCAAAUUUCUUCCUAUUUAUAACCCCAAAUACGUCAAAAUGUAUGAUAACCACCAAUUGGGAAAACUUGAGCCCCACAUAUAUGCAGUGGCUGAUGUAGCUUAUCAUGCUAUGCUUCAGCGUAAAAAGAAUCAGUGCAUUGUGAUUUCAGGAGAGAGUGGUUCUGGGAAGACUCAAAGCACAAACUUUCUUAUUCACCACCUUACUGCACUCAGUCAGAAAGGAUUUGCCAGUGGAGUAGAACAGAUUAUUCUUGGAGCUGGACCAGUACUUGAGGCUUUUGGAAAUGCAAAGACUGCUCAUAACAAUAAUUCAAGUCGUUUUGGCAAGUUUAUUCAAGUUAAUUACCAGGAAACAGGCACUGUACUUGGUGCCUAUGUUGAAAAAUAUCUACUGGAGAAGUCCAGGCUUGUUUAUCAAGAGCAUAAUGAACGGAACUAUCAUGUAUUCUAUUACCUUCUGGCAGGAGCAAGUGAAGAAGAAAGGUUAGCAUUUCAUCUUAAACAGCCAGAGGAAUAUCAUUAUCUCAAUCAGAUAACAAAGAAACCCCUCAGACAGAGCUGGGAUGAUUAUUGCUAUGACUAUGAGCCGAAUUGCUUCUCGGUGGAGGGAGAAGAUUUGAGACAUGACUUUGAACGCUUACAACUGGCCAUGGAAAUGGUAGGAUUUCUUCCGAAGACAAGAAGACAGAUAUUCUCUCUCCUCUCAGCAAUACUACAUUUGGGUAAUAUCUGCUAUAAAAAGAAGACAUACCGGGAUGACUCCAUUGAUAUCUGUAAUCCUGAAGUUCUGCCUGUUGUAUCAGAAUUACUAGAAGUUAAAGAAGAGAUGCUAUUUGAAGCAUUAGUAACGAGAAAGACGGUGACAGUUGGAGAGAAGCUUAUUUUACCAUACAAGUUGGCAGAGGCUGUGACUGUGAGGAACUCCAUGGCUAAGUCUUUGUAUAGUGCUUUGUUUGACUGGAUAGUUUUUCGAAUUAAUCAUGCACUUCUGAAUAGUAAAGAUUUGGAGCGAAAUACCAAGACUUUGUCCAUUGGUGUUCUUGAUAUAUUUGGGUUUGAAGAUUAUGAAAAUAAUAGUUUUGAACAGUUCUGUAUUAAUUUUGCUAAUGAACGUUUACAGCACUACUUUAAUCAGCAUAUCUUUAAGUUAGAACAAGAGGAAUAUAGAACUGAAGGUAUCAGUUGGCAUAAUAUUGAUUAUAUUGAUAAUACUUGUUGCAUAAAUCUUAUUAGCAAAAAACCAACAGGACUGCUCCAUCUUUUGGAUGAAGAAAGCAAUUUUCCACAGGCAACAAAUCAGACAUUGCUAGACAAGUUUAAGCAUCAACAUGAAGAGAAUUCUUACAUUGAAUUUCCAGCUGUGAUGGAGCCUGCUUUCACCAUAAAACACUAUGCUGGAAAAGUAAAAUAUGGAGUAAAGGAUUUUCGGGAAAAAAAUACAGAUCAUAUGCGCCCAGACAUUGUAGCUCUUCUGAGAAGUAGCAAGAAUGCAUUUAUCUCUGGGAUGAUUGGAAUUGAUCCUGUGGCUGUAUUCCGAUGGGCAGUUCUCCGAGCCUUUUUCAGAGCCAUAGUUGCUUUCAGGGAAGCUGGGAAAAGACACAUUCAGAGAAAGACUGGACAUGAUGAUACAGCGCCAUGUGCGGUUUUGAAAAGUAUGGAUAGUUUUAGCUUUCUUCAACACCCAGUCCACCAGAGGAGCUUAGAGAUUCUGCAGAGGUGCAAGGAAGAGAAGUACAAUAUAACCCGGAAAAAUCCCAGAACACCUCUUUCUGAUCUUCAGGGCAUGAAUACUCUAAAUGAAAAAAACCAACAUGAUACAUUUGAUAUUUCCUGGAAUGUCAGAACUGGGAUUCACCAUAGCAGAUUACCAAGUAGCACCUCCUUGCGUGAUAAAGAUGGGAUAUUUGCUAAUUCAGCUAGCAGUAAACUACUGGAAAGAGCCCAUGGAAUUCUCACGAGAAACAAAAACUUCAAAUCCAAGCCUGCUCUUCCAAAGCACUUGCUGGAGGUAAAUUCUUUGAAGCAUCUAACAAGAUUGACCCUACAGGAUCGCAUAACUAAGUCUCUUCUUCAUUUGCACAAGAAGAAAAAGCCUCCCAGCAUCAGUGCCCAGUUUCAGGCAUCUUUAAGCAAGCUAAUGGAGACACUUGAUCAAGCAGAACCAUAUUUUGUAAAAUGCAUUCGCUCUAAUGCUGAAAAGCUGCCUUUAAGAUUCAAUGAUGCCUUGGUACUUAGACAGCUUCGAUAUACUGGGAUGCUGGAAACAGUUCGAAUUCGCCAAUCAGGAUACAGCUCCAAAUAUUCUUUCCAGGACUUUGUGAGCCAUUUCCAUGUACUUCUUCCCCGAAAUACUAUUCCAUCCAAAUUGAACAUUGAGGAUUUCUUUAGGAAAAUAAAUCUUAAUCCAGAUAAUUAUCAAGUUGGAAAAACCAUGGUCUUCCUAAAGGAGCAGGGACGACAGAACUUACAAGAUCUGCUUCACCAAGAGGUACUCCGCAGAAUCAUAUUGUUGCAGCGAUGGUUCAGGGCCUUGCUGUGUAGGCAGCAUUUCCUCCAUCUGAAACAGGCAUCCAUUAUUAUCCAGCAAUUCUGGAGAAAUUACCUGAAUAAGAAGCAAGUCAGAGAUGUAGCUGUGCAGAAGGAUGCUUUGGUUAUGACUAGUGCAGCUAGUCUUCUCCAAGCUUCCUGGCGUGCUCACUUAGAGAGGCAACGGUAUUUGGAGCUUCGGGCUGCUGUCAUAAUUAUCCAACAGAAAUGGAGGGAGAUUUAUAGGCGCAGGCAUAUGGCUGCUACUUGCAUACAGGCAAGAUGGAAAGGCUACAGGGAAAAUAAAAGGUAUCAAGAACAGAAGAAAAAAAUUAUCCUUUUGCAGUCAACAUGUAGAGGAUUCAGAGCAAGACAAAGAUUUAAAGCUUUAAAAGAACAGAGGAUAAAGGAAACACAGCUAAAACUUGGAUUGGUGAAUAUCAAGGCAUAUGAAUCUCUGGAAAUAGAGGGUUCAGACCCUUCAGAAUGGGAGGAUUGUUCCUUUGACAACAGAGAGAAAGCCAUAGAGGAAGGUAAAUCUGGGAUAGAGAGUAAUCGAAUUAGCCGUGAAAGUUCAGUGGACUGCUCAAAGGAGUCUCCAGAGAAGCGGCAGGAGAAAGCCAGAAGCCAAAGUGGUGUAGACUUGAAGGAAGAUGUGAUUGUAAAAGAAAGGCCCAAGUCCUUGGAGGAUCUGCAUCAGAAGAAAGUAGUCCGGGCCAAAAGAGAAAGCCGGAGAAUGAGAGAACUAGAGCAAGCUAUAUUUAGCUUAGAAUUGCUUAAAGUUCGUUCUCUUGGUGGUAUGUCACCUUCAGAAGAACGCAGAUGGUCUACAGAACUUAUGCCUGAAGGCCUUCAAUCUCCACAGGGUACACCUGAUAGUGAAAGCUCUCAAGGAAGCUUGGAACUUCUGAGUUGUGAGGAAAGCCAAAAGAGCAAACCAGCGUCCAUAACUUUAGAAGAUUUGAAGAUUCCAUCACCUAAAAUAUCUAGUAGCCCAAAAUUUGAUUCACAGGACAAUGCCUUCAGUGCCUCAAGCGAGACUAACCAUGCAUUGAUUCAAAAGGGAGCAUCCUCUGACUCAGAGUGUUUGAAGAAUGGAACUAUGAAGGAAAAGGCUGUGUGCAUUUCUGAACCUAUUACCUGUAAACCACAGCUGAGAGACUCUUUUAUAUCAAAUAGUCUGCCCACAUUUUUUUAUAUUCCCCAUCAAGACCCCCUGAAAGCAAGUUCCCAAGUAGACACAAAUAUCCAAAGAAACAAACUAUUAGAAAGUGAAGACACACUGGGAGCAGCUCUUUCUUUGGAUAUCAACAGGGAAGCCAGAAAGUAUCAUUUCUCAGAAGAUCAAAUGGUUCCUUCUUUUAAAACAGAUUCUUCUAAUACUGUGCUUAAGAAAUUAGAAAAGCUAAACACACAGAAGGAAGAAAGGCAAAAACAGUUGCAGCAGAAGAAUGAAGAAAAGAUGAUGGAACAGAUUCGUCAGCAAACAGACAUUUUAGAGAAGGAACGUAAAACUUUCAAGAAAAUUGAAAAGCCAAAAACUGAAGAGUCUUUUCUGGCACCAUCUUUCAGUCCAUCAAAGCAAAGAGUAGAGAGGCCAUCCUCUGUCUUCAUCCUAAAUACCCCAAAUAAGGAAGAACCCAGUGUACUAGAGUCCCCAUCAUUAGUGACUAUAAAAGAUACAAGUCUUACCCCAAAAGACAGUCCCUCUGCUCAGUUACCAGUGAGAGACCGACCUAUCACCCUAUUUUUUGAAAGAAAAGGAAACCCGUGCCAAUCUAGUACUGUCAGGGAAUUAUCCAAGACAGAAAGAACAGGCACCCAACAGAGUAUAGCCUGUAAAAACUCUAAUAAUCGCAUUUCAAAAAGAGAACAACUUAGGCCAAUUCAGUCUUAUGGCCACAAAUCUGAUGAACCUUCCAGAGAGGGGAGUACAAGGGCCAUUUUCUUCACACCAAAGGACAAUAUGAGUACUCCUCUUGUAAACAAUGAAGCCUUAAACAAAAGAAAUCCUCAAGUCCCUAAACAAGAUGAACCAGCUGGGAAACCUGUGAAAUUAGUUGGGCCAGGCCAACAAGAGGUUGCCAGACCGGCCCAUAAAAAGAAAGCUCGAAUGGCGCGGACGCGCUCCGAUUUCUUGACUAGAGGUACUUUUGCCGAUGGGGAGGGGGAUACAGAGGAAGAUGAUUACGAUGACAUUAUUGAGCCCCUUCUCUCCCUUGACCAAGCUUCUCACUCUGAGCUAGGGCCUGGAUCCAGCCUGGGUCAGGCCUCUCACAGUGACUCCGAAAUGACAUCACAGAGAUUUUCUUCAGUUGAUGAACAAGUAAAACUUCAUAAGGCAAUGUCUCAAGGAGAGAUUACGAAGUUGACAGUGAGACAGAAGUCUUCAGAUUCGGAUAUAAGACCUCAGAGAGCUAAGAUGAGAUUCUGGGCCAAAGGGAAACAAGGAGAGAAGAAAACUACUAGAGUAAAACCUGCCAUUCGGUCAGAGGUUUCAGCAAUCUUUGCUGGUUCAGAUGUGAUUCCAUCUCAUCAGUUUCCAGAUGAAUUAACUCAUUAUAACCCAACACCUCCUUUGAGCCCAGAAUUGCCUGGUAGUUGCCAGAAAGAAUUCAAAGAGAACAAAGAGCCUUCUCCAAAGACAAAGCGAAAGCGAAGUGUGAAGAUUAGCAGCGUGGCUUUGGAUUCUAUGCAUUGGCAAAAUGACUCUGUCCAAAUCAUAACAACUACUAGUGAUUUAAAGAGCAUGGAUGAAUUUCUUCUGAAAAAGAUGCAUGACCUAGAUAAUGAGGACAGCAAGAAGGAUACACUAGUGGAUGUUGUAUUUAAAAAAGCCCUAAAAGAAUUUAGGCAGAAUAUCUUCAGCUUUUAUUCAUCAGCAUUGGCGAUGGAUGAUGGUAAAAGCAUACGGUAUAAAGACCUCUACGCACUGUUUGAACAGAUUCUGGAAAAGACCAUGAGGCUUGAGCAGCGUGAUUGGAGUGAAUCUCCAGUGAGAGUUUGGGUCAACACUUUCAAAGUGUUUUUAGAUGAAUACAUGAAUGAUUUCAAGACUUCAGACAGCACAGCCACAAAGGUGCCAAAAACAGAAAGAAAGAAAAGAAGAAAAAAAGAAACCGAUUUGGUGGAAGAGCACAAUGGUCACAUUUUUAAGGCCACCCAAUAUAGCAUCCCUACAUACUGUGAAUACUGUUCUUCUUUAAUUUGGAUAAUGGACCGAGCCUCUGUUUGCAAAUUAUGCAAGUAUGCUUGCCAUAAGAAGUGCUGUCUGAAAACCACAGCCAAGUGUUCUAAAAAGUAUGAUCCAGAACUGUCAUCUCGACAAUUUGGGGUUGAACUGUCCCGUUUGACCAGUGAAGACCGAACUGUUCCUUUAGUGGUGGAAAAGCUCAUAAACUACAUUGAAAUGCAUGGACUUUAUACAGAAGGUAUUUACCGAAAGUCUGGUUCAACUAAUAAAAUCAAGGAGCUUCGACAAGGUCUAGAUACAGAUGCUGAGAAUGUAAACCUAGAUGACUAUAACAUACAUGUCAUUGCAAGUGUAUUCAAACAGUGGCUUCGUGAUUUGCCCAAUCCCCUUAUGACUUUUGAACUCUAUGAGGAAUUUCUUCGAGCUAUGGGCCUUCAGGAGAGGAAGGAGACAAUUCGAGGUGUGUACUCCGUGAUUGACCAGCUCUCCCGAACUCAUCUCAAUACACUGGAACGUCUCAUCUUUCAUCUAGUCAGGAUUGCCCUACAGGAAGAAACUAAUCGAAUGUCUGCUAAUGCUUUGGCCAUUGUGUUUGCACCCUGCAUUCUCCGCUGCCCUGACACCACUGACCCACUACAAAGUGUGCAGGACAUCAGUAAGACUACCACCUGUGUGGAGCUGAUUGUUGUGGAACAGAUGAAUAAAUAUAAGGCUCGUCUUAAAGAUAUCAGUAGCUUGGAAUUUGCUGAGAACAAGGCAAAGACUAGGCUGUCACUGAUUCGUAGAUCAAUGGGAAAGGGGCGUGUUCAUCGAGGAAACUAUCCAAGUCCAUCCUCUCCAGUUACAGUUCGGUUGCCUUCUGUGUCUGAUGUCCCAGAAGAGACCUCGGCUAUCGAGGCAGCCACAGAGACUGACAUCACAGAACAGCAGCAAGCGGCUAUGCAGCAGGAGGAGAGAGUAUUAACUGAACAGAUUGAGAACCUACAGAAAGAGAAGGAGGAACUAACAUUUGAGAUGCUUGUACUGGAACCCCGUGCCUCUGAUGAUGAAACCCUUGAGUCUGAAGCCUCCAUUGGGACUGCUGAUAGCUCUGAAAAUUUGAAUAUUGAGUCAGAAGGUACCACCUCUGGAAGAUCAGAGAGAAGCUUAGCCCUUAGCUCUCUAAAAGCACCUGGAAAGUCUGAACCUUCAAGCAAAUUGAGAAAGCAGCUAAAAAAGCAGCAAGACUCUUUGGAUUCAGUGGACUCCUCCAUCUCUUCAUAUCUAUCUAACACUGCAUUGUCUCACGGCACCAGAAAACGAUUUCAAAUUUAUUCUAAAUCUCCAUUCUACCGAGCUGCCUCAGCUGGUGAGGCCCUGGGACUAGAAGGACCUUUGGGCCAGACCAGACCCCUAGAAGAGAGGCCUCAGUUCAUCAGCAGAGGAACCUUUAAUCCUGAAAAGGGCAAACAAAAACUAAAGAAUGUGAAAAACUCACCUCAGAAAACCAAAGAGACCCCAGAGGGGACAGUCAUGUCUGGCCGCAGGAAACCUGUAGACUCAGACUGCAGCUCCACCCAACAGCUAGCACUCUUUGGAAAUAAUGAGUUUAUGGUAUGAACUAGCAGAUGUGUAUCCUUUGUGGCUAGAAAGGUAAACACAUCUCAUCUUGGGGCCUCUUGUCUCAGCAUAUGGCUAAGACUUUCUAUGCUGAAUUCCUGGGCCUCCUACAGAAGUGGAAAGGCCUCUUUGAAGUCUGCUGGGGAUGGUGCCAGCUGUGCCUUGGCUGCUGUAUUUAAGUCGAUUUCACUAAACAAAGCCACCUUGGGCUUGGGGAUUUUUGUCAGCUAUAUGUGCCUCUUCCCACCCUCUUUCCCUUCUCAGAGAGAGAAGUUGGACUGGGGGAGGUGGGGGUGUUGUAGACCUAAGGGACCAUCUGAUUUCUGAAAUUUGAAGAAAACAUAUAAGCUUUCUUAACUAUGAAAGCAAAAACCUUUGGGUUUAUUUUAGGAUAGUUUGGAGCUAAAGUAGAGUAUGAUUUUUUUUUUCCAAGGAA